AUGUCGAGUCAUGGAGACCUCCAGGAGAUGCUGCGCAUGUUCACCACGCGCAAGGUGUCCAUGCUAGGCGCAAUGAAGCACGUUCAAGCUCUACAAGCCAAGAACAUCAAAAGCAUUGAUCAACUGGCAUCAGCCCCAUUGAAUGACCUGGCGUCAACACUGUCUGACGCCAAACUCGCAAAGAGUAUACAGAUGGCUUGCAAAUCGCACAGCAAGAAGCGUCCUGCUGAUGCAGCCUCAACCUCCUCACCACCUUCCGCCAAGAAGGCAAAGAUCGAGCCGACAAAGCGAGAUCUGGAUCUGGGUCGUAUGUCACCCGAUGAACUAGAAGCAGCUCUCGCCCUGCCCCUGACGGAAGACGAGGAUGUCAUACGCAGCACGACCAUAGUCACCAACAGGGCGCCGCUACUGCUGGCUUUCGCCAUCGAGUUGAUGAGGGUGACCAUGCCAGAGCAACCGCUCAGCAGCAGGCUGAGCCUGGCACAGGCGAUUGUGAGCGCGAACUCGAGAUCCAAGGCGGUCAGCCUGGGGCUGGAGAAGACGAAAGAAGGCGCCGACGUCUCUGAAGGGCAGCCCAAAGUCAGCGUGAUGGGUCGACAGGUCCCUGUACUCAAGAGAGGGGGCUACACAUGGAGCGGCGGGCCGUCCACGACAAAGGCCUCUUCCUCGACAGCAGCGCCCGAGGCCUCGCCACAAGGAUGGAAAGCGAGCCAGAAGCUAUCGUCACGGGGCUCAACGUUUGUUGCGCAUGCCAUCUCGAUCGAUUCGCCAACUCGCCGGUCAGACUACAUGACGACUCUGAUGAGUCAACAUCCUUCCUUGGAAAGCGCUACGCACAACGCCUGGGCCAUCCGUACAAGCUACGGAGCCUCACCCCUGGUUCAAGAGGCGUCCUUUGACGACGGAGAGACGGGGGCUGGCAAAUUUCUACUGCAAGUCAUGCGAGAGUCAAAGGUCACAAACGCGCUCGUCGUCAUGACGAGGUGGUAUGGAGGUGUCAUGCUGGGGCCCGACCGGUGGCGGCUGAUGAGGGAGGUGACGAAUGACGCUAUGAGCGCGACGCAGCGGAGAGUCGGCAACCUGGACGGCGGCGAGGCAGUCUGGGCUCUUGACGUCGAGGACACCAAGCCGGUCGACUCUACAAUUGGCAUGGCGAUUCACAGACCCGAGGGGGCCAGGAACUACAUUCUGAGAUCGUUUCAGGGGGUCAGCGAAGGCGAGGAGAACAAGAAGAAGACGGUGGCAGCGGCCAACGACGAAAGGCAAGAGAACCUGGGCCGAUUGCUGGGAGCUUUGCGAAUGCUUUUCGAGAGCUGGAAGGAUGUCGUGGGCCGGCGAGAGCUGGAUGGCAAAGCCUGGAGCUGGUAUGUCAAUAUCAGGCCCGAGGUUGAAGCUGGGCCAGGGGGUUGGGGUGCCAAGGGCAAGGUCGAUCUCAGCAAGAUCCUGAACCUGAGAAGAAAGGCUCCAGAGUAA